CGGAUAAACGUGUCUCGCAGCAGCUGCAACGGGAAAGGUCUUAAGUCGACGUUUUCGUUGGUGCUCGGCCGUCGCACUCAGUCGAGCACGGUUCUCCAUUCGAUCGGCAUUUCCUUGAAACAAUGAGGGGAAACCAAGGAGUUCUAGCCGUCCUCGCGAUCUUCGUCGUUGCUGUCCAUGGACGAGUUUAUUACUUACAGAACCCGGAAGCGGACCGAUACGCUGGCUUAACUUAUCCCAUUCCGAACGAACAAUCUUCCCGCGAUCUAGAUCUUAGCUUCUCCGCCGGGGAUCCGAUCGAAAUCGAUGACAGCGUUCAGCCCGUUAAAAAGGUGUACACGCUGGUCGCGCCGGCAAAGCCGCUCAUCGAGGUGAACAAAGAGGAGUUACCGAGCGCUCGAUACAAAUUGGUUGAGGCACCUAUUAAGAGAUUUGCUGGUUUGGACGACGUCAUCGUUCUCCCAGAACCGGGCCGCAAAACGGUGAAAAUCGAUGGGAACAACAAGGGAGAAGUGAUCUUGGAACUCCGUGUUAUCGCUAAUCACGACAGCGCUUGACCAAACUCUCUGAAAGGGGGUGAUAACCAGCGACGGAAUCAGCCGUGCCGAGAGGUAACGAAUAUAACAAGACAAGCAGAACGCUCGGAAUCUCGGAAUCAUGGACACCUUCAGACGCCCCUUUCUUUACAAGCGACUAUUUUUCCGGCUACGCAGCGUCACUGAUUGCACCUUUAUUUUUCCUCUAAAAAAUGUCGUAACCUCGUUGCAACAUACGUACAAAUAAACGCUGUCGAUUUGACUUCAAAA